AUGUCCACUUCCGUCGUACCUCAGGAUGAUUUCCUGGCGGUAGUAUGGAGCAUUCGGGUUCUGAAUUAUAGUGAUGGUGUGUCCUCUCGCACUGUGAAACAGAAACUUUCUGACAAUGGCAUCGUAGUCGUGGUUGCUGCUCUUUGGAUUUAUGAUUUAUUGUCAACAUUCCAACAAGAGGCAACGUUUCUCGCCCAAGCCAACACGAAUAUUGCAAAGUUUCUGUAUAUUGGAGCCCGUUAUAUACCAUUGUUUAUACGUAUUCCCAAUCUUAUCUUCGACAAAGUCCCCGGCUUGGGGAAUGCUGACUGUCAGAGUUUAGAUACGCUUAACAUGAUUGCAGAAUUCUGCGCAGAAUCCAUCUUCAUACUCCGGACCUGCGCUAUGUGGGAGGUGAAGCGCCCUGUACGUUGGGUUAUGUUCGUAAUCAUAGCUUGUGUAUCAGUUGCUGGGAUAAUCAUGUUCAUCUUUGUCCCGAGGGAGGAUGUGUUUGUACCUGAUAUUAUGGAAUGCCAACCACUUCAAAUUGCAAAAACCCCACGGUUAUUGGUGGCGCUUCUGGCGCUCCUGAUGUUAGAACUUGUCCUUGUUAUUCUUACCGCUAUAAGGGCUGUAAAGAAUUACAGACCAACGCCAACGCCACUCCUUACACUUCUCCUCACGCACCAUUUGUUCUACUAUGGUUGCGGACUUCUCUUCAGCACUAUCAACGUCCUGUGUGUGGCGCUGUUUAAAUACGAAUACGCUGCAAUUUUCUUCAGCCCCCAAAUCAUUGCACAUGCACUCUUGGCAACACGUAUGCACUACCGGCUUUGGGAGUCCGAGAAUAUUCGAAACAAUGAUCAGUCAGAGCAGCACCCUAUGUCGUCGCUAGUCUGGGAACCCCCAGAAGAUAUUGCGACGGCUUAG